AUGAAUAACCAAGGAGUUACCUACGCAGAACUCAGUCAGGUUAAGGGUUCAAGAAGACAGCAAGUGAAAGCUAAGGGCACUAAAAGUGGCAUUUCGGGAACUGAGCAGGAAAUAACGUAUGCAGAAUUAACUCUUCAAGAUGCUUUUUGGGAUCUUCAAGGGAAUGGCAAGAACUACCAAUGGAAAGGGAAGCUCAUUGCUGGGAUCCUGGGAAUCAUCUGCCUUGUCUUGAUGUCCACUGUGGUCACAACAGCCGUUAUUCACUUUACUGCAGGACCAGUGCAGAACAAGGCAUCCAUGCAAAUAGCGACCCAGAAAGCUUAUCAUUGUGGUCAUUGUCCAAAAGAGUGGGUUACAUAUUCCAAAAAUUGCUACUACAUUAGCACUGAAAGAAAACCAUGGAAUGAGAGUCGGUUGUCUUGUGCUAAUAAGAACUCUACCCUGCUCUCCAUAGACGAUGAAGAGGAAAUGGCCAUCAGUUUCUUCAGAGAGUAA